AACCCAUUUGUCGGUAAAUUAGCAACAUAAUAUCCGGAUUCAAGAUUGUUUAUUGUCAUCCUUCAGUAUAUGAAUGUAAAGGAGAACAAAAUGAUUGUUACUCUAAAUCUGAUGCAGGAUAAGAAAACACAAUAAAUAUAAAAGCAAUCCUAUAAAGUUCAACAUACAAGUAACUGAGUGUGGCCAUAUAUACAUAAGAUAAGAUGCGUGGACUGAUUGUAUGUGCAUGAAGUGACACCAGGAUCUGAACUCAUACAGGAAAGGUGACUCUUGCAACAGGUGCGCUUCCAGGUAGCUGCAGGAUAUAUGAAAGCACAGUGGGACAGUGCCUGUGUCAGCGUAGGCUUGAAGGAUGGAUCUGAAGUAAUUUAUUUGAAUUUUCUACUUCAUGUCGCACAUAAAAAGUGAACCAUUAGAAGUCAGGUAAAUCCUUAUGAUGCAGCUUUGAUGACAGCAAGAGGCUGUUCCAGCGACUGGCCACUUGAUGGAGUGAUGAGUUUGGAAUCGUUUUAAUGAGGCUUUAGUUCAAACACUUGGAGUGAGCGGUGUGAGAGACUCCGACAAGGAAAUGUAAAUGUGAGCUCACCCCAAUGGCUGCUGGGGCAAGUCACUAAUUUAUCAAAGUUUAACCUUCCUCACAGCCUAUAAAGGAAAGCAGGUGAUUGCUGUUGAUAAGAAUAAGUUGCUGGAAGACUAGAUUUUGCACUGUGUGGACAGUUAAUGAAAUCACUCUUCACGGGCCAGUUUCCUGCUUUUAAACUGGAGAGCUGUAAGUCUGAGACACCUGCUCAAUGACGAACUGAAAUCAUGUUAAUUAAUUGGCUUAAUUGGAAUGAACCUUAUGACUUUUCUCAAUUAAUCAAGCAUGCUUCUGUCAACAUGAACUGAGUGAAAUGGAUGGAAUAUCUCAGUUAGCCUGCAAGAAUGGAUUUGAAGAAAAUUAAGAGUUAAAAUUCUUCACUGAGAUUGGAAGAUUAAGUUUGUCAGAAGAACAAAUACUUAAAAUGAUUGCUGAUUAAGAAGAGAAUUCUGGCACUGCAUGCAUCAUCCAGAUGACUGUCAUGCCAUCAAGUGCAGAUAUCAUGGACAACUCCCACAGCCAGACUGUCCUUGGUUGCUUGAAUGAACAGCGCACCAAAGGUGUAUUCUGUGAUGUCACCAUUGUUGUGGAAGACACAAAAUUUAAAGCCCACAAGAAUGUUUUGGCAGCGUCCAGUGUUUACUUUAAGAACCUUUUUUCCAGCCAAGAGUUGUGGUUGGUUGGUCAUAUCCUUGAAUUGCCUGACUUCAAGGCAGAAGUGUUUGCAGAAAUAUUGCAUUUCAUCUACAGUGCAAAGGUGGUUGUCAAGGGAUCUGAGCGAGUGAAAGAUCUUGUGGAUGGUGGAAAAAGAUUAGGGAUAUCAUUUCUGGAAAAUUUGAUGCCCACGCCCCAGCAACACAUUACGUCUCUGGAUGUUUUGUGCAGCGCGUCUCCCAAUUCUACUCGGUCGCUUUCUCCUGCUUCUUCCCUCUCCUUAUCGGCCAGUUUUCACAAUCUGAAAGCGGAGGCCUGCAAUUCUGUCUGUGACAAAGGCAGUGAAGAGUUUCAGCCUGUUAAUGGACCCCGCAUCACAAACGCGUUCUCCAUUUUCAACAUGCAGGAUGGCAGCGACUUGUAUUUUCCACUCGACUUAACGGCCAACGUCAACAAAAGAGCAGUAGAAUCUGAUAAGCUGUCCGUGGCGUGUGUUCCCCCGGAUACAACUAAAGUGCAGCAAAAGCCUGCUCAGACAUUCGCUGAACAUUCCUAUGCUGUGUUCUCCUCCAGAAAGGAUCAGCAAAAUGGUGAACACCAUGGUCUUCAAGAAGCUUUACAAGAAAAUGACAACCCUUUAUGUAACAGUAGUUGCAAUACUGCUGGCGCUGGAAGCAGGCAGGAUUUGCAUCCUGAUUUGCAAGGCCAGAUCUGCAAGCCAAGCCAACCAUCCCAUGCUGCCACUUCAACUGACUUCAAGGUUCUAAGAUUUAAUUUAAACAUUCUGCAGACCACAAGCAAAAGUAGUCCGGUAGGCUUUGUGCCAGUGGCUAAGCCAUUAAAUGAGCCUACCUUGAACUCACAGGAGACUUCAGGUGGAGCUACAGAUCCAGAGAAACGUGGCCCUGCUACGGAAAAUAUUGUCCAAUCGGUGCCGGAUGCGACUUGGUCUGAAGCGGUGCCGGAAGUGGAAAGCCAAGCUGCUUACAGCUGCAAGUACUGCCCGCGGUCUUUCAGCACCCGAGUUUCAUUGAACGUCCACUCCCAGAUCCACACAAGCCUCUUCGAAAAGCCCCUGUCCUGCAGACACUGUGGUAAACCGUUUGUUCAUCUCAAGAGGCUCCAGACGCAUGAGCACCUUUGCCAAGGGCCAGGAACAGUAGUGCCCAACUCUGAGUCCACAGACGAGCAAGUGGAGAACUUUUCCAGCGACAAUGAAGUCGCCAGAAGUGAGGAAGAUGUAAAUAUGACUUCCUGUACUUCAGAAUUGGAGAAUUCCAACAAGCACUCGAUAAACUUGGUACGGUCAAGGCGAAGUAGCAGCUCGCCAGACCCAGAACAUUUUGUGAAGGUUGUUGACGGACACAUUUUGUAUUUUUGCAGUGUUUGCAAGCGCUCCUACGUAACCUUGUCCAGCUUGAAGAGACACGCCAAUGUUCAUUCUUGGAGAAGAAGCUAUCCCUGUCAUUACUGCAGUAAAGUAUUUGCUUUGGCUGAAUAUCGCACCAAACAUGAAAUAUGGCACACUGGUGAAAGGCGCUAUCAGUGCAUCUUUUGCUUGGAGACCUUCAUGACCUAUUAUACUUUGAAAACCCAUCAGAAAUCUUUUCACGGUAUUGACCCAGGUCUUCCCACAAACAAGAAGACAGCCAAUGCUGGAUACAGAGCCAAGAUGUAUCCAUUCAAACUCUAUAGGCUUCUACCUAUGAAGCUGCAAAAGAGACCCUACAAGACUUACACACGAUCAGGUCCAGAAAAUUUCAACAGUAGUCAAACUAUCAGAGUUUCUUCAAAUGUUGAUCUCGGUAACAUUUCCUUUGGCAAUCUGUCGUCUGCUUCAGAGGAUUUGCAGGACAAGUUGAUCUCUUCGGAGACCACUCCUUCAGAACACUCGCUUCAUUUUGCGUCAGCUGAGGAUGGGCAGAGUGAAGGAGCAGAACCACCACCUCGCCUGUCAGGAGCCAGUGAUGGCCAAUUCAAUGAUUCCUUGCUUCCUUGGGCUUCCACAGAAAAUGAAGCUCAUCAUGGUGAUAAACAUUGUAUUGAAAUUGAACAACAAUGUUUAGCCACUGAUGUUAAUACAACAGGUCCCUCUGUUAUUAACUAUGGGCAUACAGCACCCUCUGUGAUAAUGCAUAGCAACAGGGUUUCUUCCGUUAUAAAGCAUGGAAAUGCUUUUUCUUCUGUCAUUGCGUAUAGUGGUGGUAAUGAUGGUUAUCAAACGUGUCCAAAGGCCAAUGUUAGCAGUGAUUCUUCAGAUACAAAAACAAGGAAGAACACGGCUAAGGACAGUCUUAAACUACAGAAUAAAGGUAGUUAUAGGAAGACUGUAGAAUCAGCAAAGGGAAGUGGACAACUCUCAGGACCAGGAGCUGCACACAAGAAUCGUUCAAGUACUUUCUCCGAAGGAAGCCGGACAGAAACCUACAUUGCAAAGCCUGCUUGCCCUGGAACCUCCGCUGACAACCAGGUAGCCCCUCUUUGCCAAAUUACUGUGAAAAUUGGGGAUAAAGCAGUCGUACAAAGACACAUUGCUGGCUCCAAACUGUUCCGUAGAAAAGGCCGGAAGCCAAAAUGGAUGAUGUCAAAAGAGGAAAAGGUGGUUGAAAAUUUCAAGAUGGAAGAAGAUGAAGAUCAAAAUAUGAAGUCGCCUGACUGUCCUGAUCCUGCUGGAAGUAAUGCGGAUCCUGCAGGAGGCGCAGAAACAUGCGAUGAAAUGAGCGAUCAUGAUUCAAAUGACAAGCUUUGGAGACCGUACUAUAAGUACAAGCCAAAAAAGAAAGCUAAAGCAUUUCACAAAAUGAGAAAAUCUAGGUGGAAAAAACAGCAUGGAUCUAAUGACCAUAACCUUCCUAACUCUAUAUCUAGCACAACUGAAGUAAAGGAUGUUCCUGAAGAAAUUGCUCAUAAUAACAUAAUUAGUGAUGAAUCCCAAGACUGGAGUAAUCAGCUUGAUAAUAGAGUAAAACCUAUUGAAGAGAAAAUAGAAAGUGACCUAAAAUGGGGUGCAACUAAAAAGCCUUACUCAUGUACCCUCUGCGCAAAAUUAUUUUCAAACCCUUCAACUCUGAAGACACACCUAAGGUGUCAUACCGGUGAGCAGCCAUUCUCCUGUGAAACCUGUGGGCGCCGAUUUUCAGUCCAAGGAAAUCUCCAUAAACACAAACGCAUUCAUCUGGGUAUGAAAGAGUUUGUUUGCAUGUACUGUGACAAGGCCUUCACUUUGAGCGAGACCCUGAAAACGCACGAGAGGAUUCACACUGGCGAGAAACGGUACCGUUGCCACUUUUGUCCGCAACGUUUCCUUUACCUGACGACUAAGAAAAAUCAUGAGCAGAAGCACUUGGAAAAAAAACGUGCUCAACGGGAAGGGAAAGAACACGUAUGCUUCCAGUGUUUUAAAAUAUGUAAAACUGCAGCUGCACUUGGUAUGCACCAAAAGAAGCACGCAGUAAAACCUUCUGCUCAUAAAGAUUCUCAGAUAUUGUUGGACUACAAAGAUGACCAACACACAAAUUUGAAAACAGAAUCCAAACACAAAAGUAGAGCAGAGGCAGAGGAUGAAUACCCUCUGCCAACUACAUCUGGAAAUGAUGACCAGAUGAAUUGUUCGCUCAGAACAGAGCCAUUGCUUCCCGUCACCCAACCUGAACUGGCACCCGUACCACAGAAGACGAAUUGUGUUGCAUAUCCAUGGACAGCAGCUCACAAUGUGGGACCACGUCAUUUGCAAAGAACGCUGCCAGAGAACAGUGAGAAAACGUGGAAAAUUCACCAGCAAAGUCUAGAUAUAAAUCUGCCUCUUUGUACAAAUAGUUCAUACAAUCCACAUGACAGAAGCCAUGGAGAUGAUGAAAGACUUGCUUUCUAUCAACGUGCUUCCGAAAUGUUUUAUAGCCAUCAGGUGGAGGGGAUAGUGUAUAAAGCUAUGUGAAAGGCCUGGUCGAGAAACGUAUGUGCUUCCUUGGACUCUGGAAUGAUGUAGCAAUAUUCCCUGAAAUCCAACAUAUUUAACUGAGAGGUUUCAGUAAUUCCCCAACUGUGGGCAGUAGUAUAUUUUGAAGAUGUUGAAAAGUCAGAUUUUUAAUGAAAUUGAAAAAGAAUUCAAAUUUCCUUUUGAAGCUUAAAGGUUCCACCUUUUUGUUGCUAUAUGCCCUAAUUUCCCAGAGUUGUUAGAUGUAAUCCAUUGCUAUAAAUUUGUUGAAACAAAAAAGAAUUAUGUUUUCAUUGCCUUAUGACAAGGUGCAGAAAGGCAAAUCCAUGGUGUAAGAGGAAGUUCAGAAACAAAAUUGAAUAAUUUAUUUUUAAUGAAAGAAAGGGAAAGUAGAGUAAGUAUGAUAUAGCAGACAUCCAACACAUUUGUGUUCUAAAACACCAGAAAAUAUUGAAAGGAAACAAAAUGAUAACCAUGACCAAUGUAGCAGUAGACUUAUUCCAGACUUUGUGGCUGCACAUGUAUACAUGGUGAUUCCAUGUAUGUAUAUAACUUUUUUUUUACUACAUUAAUAUAUAACUGGAUAGAUUUAUUUAUGAUCUAUUCCAUGUUCAUGAGUAAAGGUGUAUUGAAAAAUAUUGUUGUCUUGAAAAUCCAGUUCAGUUGAAACUUUUUUUUCUCUAUUUUAUACAAAAUGAGACUUAAGUCUUGGCGAAAGGAAAACUAACAGUUAUGUCCCUUUGCUCUUUCCUAGAGUGACACAUGCUUUAGUUUUGUAGGUUUUUUUUUUACCAUAAAACAGUUACAAAGAUUUAAGGAAUUUUCCUAUUGUAUAUAUUGUGAAUAACAUGAAAUUCCAUCCUGUAAACUUCUUGUGGCAGCCAUUAGAUUAACAUUUCACAUAAUUAAACGUAAAAGAGUUUGGUUGUGUCAAGCCGAAUAUUCAUUCUUAUGGUGAGGAAAGGGAUAAAGUUACUUUUGGAUAAAAGUAUGAAGAGACAUGUGAACACUGUAAUGAUAUUGAUGGAAUUGAUUUGAUGUAAUAAAGCAAAUUAAAAAAUGUUAUUUUUUUCUGUUUUUUUUCUUGGUGAACUAUGUGCAGCAUUCAGUUCAUUCUCUGUAACUUGUUUUAACUUUGAUCACAAUUGUAAUGUAGUUUAAUUUUAGGAAGUAAAUCAGCAUGAAGCAUUUAGAGCUGAUUAUGGAGACAACAUAGCCCUUUUUAUUGAGUAUUUUAAUGAGUAUUUUGCUGGAGCAUUAUCAUAGCAUAGUUUGAUUUAUAAACAUUUCCAUUUCAUGGUGACCAUAAGUGAUUUCAUUUUAUUUAGAGAUGCAGCACAAUGAGCCCAUUCAGCCCAACUGUAUCCAUGUGACGAUUUAAACUGGAAACCGGAUACCCAGAGGAAACCCGCACAGUCACAGGGGAGAAGACAGUGGCAGAAAUUAAACUCAGGCCACUGGUUCUGUAAUAGGACUGUACUAACCACUACACUACCAUGGUGUCAAAGUUGCUGGUGAA